CGGUCGCCCCCUCUCUCUAGCUUUGCUCGGUUGCCGACGUCUGCGAAUCCCACACCACCCCCACCGCUUGAACGUCUGCCCCACGUCGAUAGAUAGCUCCCGUCUCGCGAUAUCCCGAUAUAAUUCCAACAGCGACAGUUCCUCUAUCGCCGACGGCCCAUCAUGGCGUCCUUCUUCCAGUCCUUCCGCAGCUCCUCGAUGGCGAAGCAACUGCUCCGCUUCGCCCUCUCUCGCCUGGACCUCCUCGAUACGCAAGCCCUCGAUCUCGAGAACCUCGACUUUGCUCUGGGUCGGAAUACGGUCCUGGAGUUCCGAGAUGUCGGGCUGGUGGUUCAGAAGCUCGAAGGGCUGUUGGGGCUGCCCCACGCCUUCUCGCUCCAGAAGGCCAAAGUGCUCGUCCUUCGAGUCACGAUCCCCAUGGAUUUCUACACCAGCCCCAUCACGGCCGAAGUGGACGGCGUGGACAUCCGCCUCAAGGUGGCAUCCCGACAAGAGGAUCCGGGCGACCAGCACAAUGCGAAGCGCAGGAAAGGCAGGGACGCCGAAAUCGCCGCCGCCGAAGUCGUGCCGACGGCUGCGGAUCUCGCGCAGUCGUUCUUGGAGACCCAGCCAGUGGCGGAAAAGAAGGAGCUGGAAGAAGCGCUCGCCGCUGAAAGCCAGGAUCUCGGUGCUUCGAUGGCCGCGAGCGAGUCGGGGAGUGACGACGACUCGGCGGUCGGCACAGGUCAGCCCCUCUCGCUACCCGCCUUCUUGACCGACUUCCUCCAGGGCAUUGUGGAUAGGAUCCAGGUCCAUGUACAGAGCGUUACGUUCCAGGUCGACGUCGAAGUGCCCGUAGAUCACAGCUCCCCAACGCCGGAGCUCGUCACUUUUCAGCUCUUUGUGGAUAAGCUUGACGUCGAAGGCGUGACUUCGACUAGGCAAUUGCCCAACGAGUCUCCUGCAAUCCUCCACAAGGAGGGCAAGCGCCAUAUCCUGCUAGACAAUAUCCGAGCCGCUUUGAUUACCGAAGCCAACGUCUUCUCCUCGCUAGUUCCGUCCCCGUCGAUGCCCUCCCCCGUUGCCUCACGCUCGCCCGUUGUCGCUCACCCGCCCGAGUUCCCUCCUCGCGGAGCCGCUCAGACUGUUGGGGCCGAUUCAGUGGCCGGUUCCAUGGCAGGCUCCGAUGACUUCUCGCAGAGCCGUUCCCCGUUGCACGAUAGCGAGGCCGCCUUCAACAUCCCGUACGAUAUGGGGGAAGCUAGCGGCGCUGGUCAGACCGCCGAACCAACGUCACCCCUAUCCACGCCGAGAGCAUCCAUCUACCGGGGCUCACCUCCGCCCACUAUCACCGAGCAUGCUGCGCAAUCAACAAUUUUCGAAUCAUCGCGCCCACUGUGGUCGGAUUUUGAGCGGGAUGUGCGGUCAGAACCGGAUCUUCGCCCGCCUCGGCGGUUCCCGCCCUCCGACCAUCCUUCUCCUGCCGCUUCGGUUCAUUCCGGUACCGCAAGUAUGAAGUCAAGCGGUUCGGCCGCGUCCGACGACCUGGCAGAGUCGCACAUUUACAGCCACGAGGAAGCCGAGAGCAUGUAUAUGAGCGCCUUCUCCCAAGCCGAGUCCCAGAGACUGCGCACCGGUAUGCCAGGGGGCUGGGACGCUUCAGAAGACUCGGACGAACCCGACGCCGCGCCUGUGCCUGUGCCUGUGUCCUCCGCAGAAACACCCGAACAGACGAAUGAAGACGAGCAAAAGCCCGAACGAUCCCCUGCGCCACAAGAACCGUCUCCUCAACACGAGGAGAGGGAAGACCCCAAUCUGCACAGCCGGGACCCUGAGCCACAGGAGCCCGAACCACCCCAGGACGAUAUCCCGACUCCCCGAGGGCCGACUCGCCUGGUUAAGGAGAUUCUAUCCCUCAGCUCGAUCUCAGUCUACCUUCCCUCCCGCCAGAAGGACACCGACGUCAGUGCUCCCGACCUCGCCAAGUCGAUAUCUCCAAAUAUCCCGGGGGCGUUCUCAAUUCAUUCCUCGACCGCUGCGAGUCCGAAACUCACGCCGGUCAACGAGCCUCCCCCUCGGGAAGCUCCCCUCGAUUCGUCCAUCGAGAUCAUCCUGAGGCCCGUAGAGAUACGGUUCGAUGCUUCGAUCGGGUUUCUCCUGGCCAUGGUUGUCUCCCGACUUCUCGAGGCGUUACAGAGCGAGUCACAGGAUGCUGGCGCCUCUGCCGGCGCGGAACCGACCCCGAGAGAUACCCCCGACGUCAGGUUGACGGUCGAACGGCUGUCCGUUCUGUUCCUGGAAAAGCUCGCAGGCGUUGCCGACGUACCUCGGAGGCUUUUCGAAGGGCGGACAGCAGACUUGAGCUCCGAUGUGUUGCUCCAAGCUCAGCUUGUGAAUCUUGCCGGUUCGCUGUCCAAGGCCGGUCUGGAUACGGAGUUGAACUUGAGCCUCGAGAAGCUCGUAUUCGGUUAUGCGGACGCCGACGUCAUCUCGUUUGAUCGGUCCGUCCUGAUGUUUGAGUCCAUGGCGAACACGUUCCCUUCCGCCGGGCAUGAUAUCUCAGUCAAGGCCACUCUGGGGUCUCAGGUCUCGCGUAUCGAGAUCAACACACUGCCCCUCCACGUCAAGCUGGACCUUCAGAGACUCGACGAGACCUUCAGCUGGUUUGGCGGGCUCAGCAGUUUCUUGAAUAUGGGAACCUCCGUCACAUCGAGCACGUCAAGAACCGGCAAAGGUUCGGCCCAGAAACCCAGGGGUGUCCGGUUCGACGAGCCGGGCAACCCCAGUGGCCGGGCCGCUACCAAGGAGAAUAAGGUUGACUUGCGUAUCAAUGGCCUCCGCGUUGACGUUGUUGGGAAAGAGUGCAGUGCGCUGCUGAAUUCCAGCGCCCUGAAGAUGGUCAGUAGAGAAGGGGCCGUCGGCGUUCACCUCAGCCGGAUACGACUGUCGGGACCAUACCUCAAGAACGCCAGAGCCGAAGCGCCUGUCGUGACCGAGAUCUUGGACACCAGGGCCGAGUUUGUGACGCUGCCUCGAAGCAGAGAUCUCGAGAGGUUACUCGAGCUCAUCACCCCUUCCAAGAUCAAGUUUGAUGAAGAUGAGGACGAGAUCAUGGUCGACACGCUCCUGAGGCAACGAAGGAAAGGUCCGGUGCUUUCCUUGACCGUGGGUAGCGUCAGGCUCGAUGCGGAGAGGCUGCAGCAGCUCGCCUGCCUCCCGGGUCUCGUUGACGACCUCGCUAAGCUCGGAACCGUUGCGAAGUACCUUCCCGAAGAUGACCGGCCGGGACUUUUAACACUGUGCCACGUCAAGAAGACCGAGUGUCGUGUUGAUGUCGGCGGCCGGUUCGGUGUCGUUCAGGCAUCGCUCUCGGAUCUCGAGAUCGCGCAUAUCUCGACCCCUCAGCUUGUUGCCGUUGCCUUGGGCCAAAUUACGGUCACGAGAAACAAGAUCGAAGAGCUCGUGACGACUUCUCCAGCGCCGGCGACCGGCAGCUCUCCAACGCCACCGGUCUUCAUGAUGAGGCUGGUCGACGAUAUGGAGCCGGUCCUCAAGAUCAAGUUGCUGGGCUUGGUCCUAGAGUAUCGGGUGCCCACAAUCAUGGACAUUUUGGAUCUCUCCGAGGAUGCUACGCCAGAGGAUUUCGAGGUCGGCCUGGCCGCGUCCGUGGCGAACCUGGGGGAGCAAGCCCACACCGCCAUCAAGAGAGCACCCUCUGGUUCGGUUCCGUCAUUGGGCCAGGCCGAGCCCUCGAGGCCGCUGAAAGUGGAUAUCGCUUUCCGCGACUGUCUUGUCGGCCUCAACCCGCUCGCGCUGCCUUCUAAGCUGACAGUCGUGCUCACUGAUGCUCACCUGGAGCUGACGCCGGGCAAGCAUGACACGGUCACUGCGGUAACAAGCAUGAAGCGGGCCGCUGUCCUGCUGAUCGACGAUACCUCCAUUCUCGACGCGCCUGGGGUCCCUUUCGCCUCCACACGACGUCCGCAAGCGGCUCCUUCUCCGCAGGUGACCGAGCUGUGCGCACGAGGAUACGUCAAUAUCUGCCAAAUCUCCUCGGCGAAAGCGACCGUGACGGCUUCCAAGGAGGAGGAGGGCGGCACGCAGCUGGAGGUCGAGGUCCGUGAUGAUCUGCUGGUCCUCGAAACCUGCGCAGAUUCGACCCAGACGCUCAUUGCAUUGGCCAACGCGCUAACGCCGCCCACGCCCCCGAGUAAAGAGAUCAAAUACCGCACAUCUGUGGUCCCCGUCCAGGACCUGUUGGCCUCGAUCAGGGCCGAGGCAUUUGGGCGAGCCGAAGGCGAAUACGACUUCGACAAAGACUUUGACCUAGCCCAGGAGCUUGGCGGCGGAGCCGAUGGCGACUCUGACUUCGACGGCGGACCAAGCGAAAGCCCGCUUAACCUCGACUCGCAGUACUACGACGAGGGGGCGGCCGUCCAAGAAGAGCUGUUCGAUGCCACAUCUCGGUCGAUGAUGCUUGAAGAAGGCGGUACAAAGACCGAGGACACCACAGAUGGAGUCUUACUAAGUACAACCAGCCUCGACAAGGCGAACAACAGCAGUACUCUCGAAUACAGCACCGGGGAUCUCUCCAUCCAGGACGACUACUUUGCGGGAGGCCCGGUCGUCCGCGGCACCGCGCAUCGCUGGGAUUCCAAGGCGAACCGGUACGACCAGCAUACCGAUCUUAAGCUCCAGCGUAGUCCGCUGAAGGUCUGCGUUCGCGAUGUGCACAUCAUCUGGCACCUGUUCGAUGGCUACGAUUGGACGCGCACACGCGAGGUGAUUGCCAAGGCCGUUCAGGAGGUGGAGGCCAGGGCACACGAGCGACGGGCCCGGGCGGACCGGAGGGGCGCCUACGACCAGGAGCUGCUCGACGAGGACGAGACGGUCAUCGGCGACUGCCUCUUCAACUCCAUCUACAUUGGCAUCCCGGCGAACCGUGACCCCAGAGAGCUGACCCAGGCCAUCAACCACGGCUUGCAAGAUUUCGGCGAUACCGACUCGGUUGCGACCUCGGCCGUGACGACCACGACGCUCCGCGCCGCCGGGCAGCACCGCAGGUCAAAGAGCCUGAAACUGAACCGAAGCAAGCGCCACAAGAUCACGUUUGAGCUCAAAGGCGUGAACGUGGACUUUGUCAUGUUCCCCCCGGGCUCCGGGGAGACGCUCAGCUCGCUCGACGUUCGACUCCGGGACGUUGAUGUUUUUGACCACGUCCCCGAAUCGACGUGGAAGAAGUUUGCCAUGUAUGACAUCGAUGCCGGCGAGCGAGAGAUGGGGGCGAGCAUGGUUCACGCCGAGGUCAUCACCACAAGGCCGGUCGACACGCCGGCGACGGAGCUGGUCAUUAGCGUCAACAUCCUGCCUCUGAGGUUGCACGUCGACCAGGACGCCCUCGAUUUCAUCACCAGGUUCUUUACCUUCCGGGACGAGUCGGCGCCGGUGCACGCGUCCCCGGGCGACGUUCCGUUCAUCCAGCGGAUCGUGGUCAACAACAUCCCGGUCAAGCUCGACUUCAAGCCAAAGCGGGUCGACUACGCCGGCCUGCGCUCGGGCAAGACGACCGAGUUUAUGAACUUCAUGAUCCUGGAAGACGCCCGCCUGGUUCUGCGCCGCGUAAUCCUCUACGGCGUCUCCGGUUUCGAUCGGCUCGGCGAGCAGCUCAACGACAUCUGGACAGCUGACGUCAAGCGUCACCAGCUACCCGGCGUUCUUGCCGGCCUCGCGCCCGUGCGCUCCCUCGUCAAUGCGGGCUCCGGCUUCCGGGACCUCAUCGAGAUCCCCAUCCGCGAGUACCGCAAGGACGGCCGGAUCGUGCGCAGCCUCAAGAAAGGCGCCACCGCCUUCGCCAAGACGACCGGCACCGAGGUUGUCAAACUCGGCGCCAAGCUCGCCAUCGGCACUCAGUACGCCCUGCAGGGCGCCGAGGGGCUGCUCGCGCCGAGCCAGGCCGGCGAGGGCGGCGGCUCUGCUGCCGCGGUCGCCGCCGCCCUCGGGGACGACUGGGACGAGGACGAGUACGAGGAGGAGGUCAACCGGAAGAUCAGCCUGUACGCGGACCAGCCGCUCGGCAUCGUCCAGGGCGUGCGCGGCGCGUAUGCCAGCCUGGCGCGGGACCUGUCGGUCGCGCGGGACGCCAUCAUCGCCGUGCCCACCGAGGUCAUGGACAGCCAGAGCGCUCAGGGAGCUGCGAAAGCGGUGCUCAAGAAGGCGCCGACCAUCAUCCUACGGCCAGCCAUCGGUGCCACCAAGGCGAUUGGACAGACCCUCCUGGGGGCGACCAAUUCGUUGGAUCCAAUGAACCGGAGGAGAGUUGAAGCUAAAUAUAAGAAACAUUGAUUUUUGUCUUGAAUGCACGGCGCCUCCAUGCUCAUGAAUGGAGGUGA